UCCGCAAGCCGCCCCCACCCCCGAAUGGACGAACGAGGUCAGCGGGGCGGCUACCCAUUGGACAGCAGCGGUUGUCAGUCAAAGGAGGCGGGACGAUGGCAACAAUCGGGGAGAAAGUGGGCUUCGUGCAGCGGAUUCCUAUGUUGAUGAAAGCAACAUCAGAUGAUGAAGUACCAUGUCCUGGAUAUCUGUUUGAGGAGAUUGCCAAAAUUUCUCAUGAGUCUGUGGGAUUGUGUCAGUGCCUUUUGGAGUACCUGCUGGAGCGUCUGCAGAGCAGCUCCUGUCAUGUUAAACUUAAGGUUCUCAAGAUAUUGCGGCAUGUCUGUAAUCAUGGCUCACCUCAAUUUACCCUGGAGCUUCGGAGGAAUGCUACUCUUAUUCAAGAGGUGACAGUUUUUAGUGGGCCUCCAGAUGUGCUUCAUGGAAAUGCCCUAUAUCGGAGGGUCCGAACAACUGCAGAGGAAUUAGCAAAUUUGUUGUUCUCUGAUGCUUUGCCAUAUCAAGCCUCGUGCAAUUUAUCCUCUUCCAGAUCUUAUCUGCAAACAGGAAUGGGCUCAAGUCCUUCAUCUGGCUCUGCAAUGCAAGGCUUUGGGAACACAGCAGGGAAAAUUCCUUCAGGUUCUUCCAGUGAUGCAAUUUUUAAUAAGAUACAGAAAGCAGCAGAGGUUAUGGCGAAUGCUGUACUUCCUCAAGAUUGCCCCAAAAGUUGUGGAAGCUGUUAUCAUAUUGAGGGCUACCAGCCAGUAUUGUCAACUGACUCUGAAGCAAAACAAGUGAAGCCAAUUCCUAAAUGUCCUGUUGCUAGACACGGUACAAAAGCGAUUCAUCAUAAACCUGGUCUGCCAGGGGGAGGCUGGGAAGAAAGUGAUAGUGGGCACUGUUCCCAGGAUUCCUCACAAACUAAUUGUAUCUCAGAUGGCAGCAACAGUAAAACAAGUACAGACAGCCAAUCAGGAGGCAGCAGAGAGAGUGGAGACUUGAUGGAAAGAGUUGAAUCAAUAAACCUCAAUGACUGCAUUCAGGAAAUAACCUUGGUAAACAACCUGAUCCAAGGGUCAAAAGUAUUUUUGACUAGAGAUGAAAUGCAACGUUUUAUCAAAGAAUGUGGAUUACUGAACUGUGAAGUGGUUGUGGAGCUUCUCAAUGGGAAACUAAAAGAUCCUUCUCACUCUGUCAACAUGAGGUCAAUGAGUAUUCUCUCCACUCUCAUGUGUUCAGACUUGUUAUCACAUGACCAAAUAUUUGCAAUUACCCACAAGUCCUUGCAGCAAUUGAGUGAGGGUGAACCAGGGCCUGUGACCAAUCGAGCCACUAAGAUUCUGAGGCAGUUUCAAGCUUUGGUUGGGAAUAGGCCAGCAACUCGGAGUUCAGAGUCAGAAAUGCCUCUCUCUAUUUCCACUGACAUGUCAUGUAAUGCUGUGACACCUUUAACCAACUUCACUUCAGAGUUGAAAGGGAAAAUGUUGAUUCAACCAUGGCAGUUUCAUCCUGGGUUAGAGAAGACUUCACAAUUGGAUAAAAAACAGGAAUUGUCACUGAGUUUACCUGUGCUAUCAGAAGGAGCCUCAAUCUCCCAGGAAAAUCAGGGACCAGUAUUUCCAUCUCUUCCAAUAUCAGACAUUAAAACUCAGCACACAGAAAAAGUAACUGAAAUAACAUCCAUUUCAGCUGACACUGAAAAAGAUCAACUACAUUCAGAAGCACAAAUUGUGAACCCAAACACAUUCCCUUUUGUGACUGAGAAACAUUUGCAUUGUGAACUGCAAAAGAGAGUAACUGCAGAACCCAAGUUACAAUCUGUACUGGGCCAGAGCACAGCCUCUGAAGACACGAAGGAUAGUAAACUCUCCCUGUUUGCUGAUAUGGUUCUUUUGGUACAUGACACACCUCCAUUUCCGAAGUCCUGUCUUAACCAAGAAUCGUGCACAGAAAUGCACACAUUACCAGAACAGAAGAAAACACCAGCAUGCAGUACAACUGAGGUGAAGCUUCUGCAUGGUAAUCUAGGACAAACUGAUUCUGAAUGUAACCAGCCAUCUGUAUUCUCCUUUCUUAAUACACCGUCCUCGUCACACAGUGUCUGAACCUUUGUGUUCAUUCAGCCAUGAACCAAAAGUAAAUUUUCACGCACAAGUUUUUUUGAUUAUUCCUGCUAAGAUGUGAACAUGAACGGAACUCUACCUUCCCUGCUCAUCAAAAUCCAGAUUUCGGAAUCUGAUAUUUGUAGUGACAUCAGACACUAUCAAGCAGCCUGCAAAACUGGUGGCUUCAGUACCUAUUGAAUGCAAAUGAUGCAUUUUGUGCCUUCAAACCAACCAAAAUGGUAGUAUUUAAUGUUACUGUGUUUAAGGUGGUUGUCUAACGUUUGUUUUGUUUGCAAAACCAUCAUAACCUGGAUGUCAUACAUUCUUCUGCAGCAUACUUCAGGAACAAUAUGUUUGUGGUUUGAAAAUUUAUAUAUCAAUAAAUUGGAAAGAAUUUACAAUCUAUUUAAGUUCACAUGUAAUAAUCAAGGCAUGCUUUGAAAGAGUAUACAAUACUAAAUAUGAUUAAAUGAAAACAGGUCAAGUGCAGAUUUCAGUGGUUCGGUUGUAGUACCAACUUGUCAUAUUGCUGAGUGCGGAGAUCAUGUUGGUUAACUGCUUACUGCAGGUGUGUGAAAAUGAAAAUAUUCUCGUUUCUGAAUAUGAUUCUGCUUAUCACAAGUGUCUGCAUAAUCAAGUUCACAAAGAAUGGUUUCAGUGUAUUACAAAUGCUGCUGAAUAAUAAACGUGCAUUUUUAAUGUU